CUUCGAUUACACAUAGAUGUUGACCAGUAGUUAAUGCACAGUACAUGUACAUACUACAAUUGCGUAACAAGGGCGUGGCAAGGUGUGGGGAAUGCGGGGUGGAUAUUGCAACUUGAAUAUUUAACUAACCCGAGGAAUGUGGGAACAUGCAAAUCAAAUCACUGAGCUUCAGAGUGGCAGACAGAUUGGAACUGGAAGGCUGAGUUCAUACAGAAUUAACGAGAAGAGUAGUUAUCGAAUAACUAUCCAGCUGAAAGGUUUUGUAGUGUUUGACCAAUAUCAGAACGAAACCGAGUCGCGCACGAGUUCUCCUCAACAACGAAGAUGGAAAGUCAGGAACAGGAGAACCUCUUUACCUGAUUAAUGGAUUGAACUUCCUGUCUUCUCUGGUCUCCGCAAGCCUAACUUCCAAGAGCGAGAGGCUACCUAAGGACAUAUACAAUGACGGGCUUGCCUGCACCGGCUCCCCCAAUUCUCGCCUCCACGCUGCUAGAUUCGUCAUUUCAGAGGAGUAAUGACAAUAGGCAUUCUGGUCAAGAGGAGCCUGGAAGGGUGGAGAGUGCUUUAUGGGACCUAACUAGGGACAUAGAAGAAGGGAUCUCACUCACGCCGAACAAGUCUGUUCUGAGCUGUGGCAUGGUCAUUGGGAUAUCAGGGCUCCAGCCCGCAGCUGUGAACGGUUCGCGAGAGGGGGUAGGAGACGAUAUCAGACCCUGGGUUAAUGAAUUUUGGCAACAUAUCCUGACCACUCUACUUUGCAAAUAUCCGACCCCUCAAGCUUUCCCAAGGGCAUUUGUGAUACAAUAUUUCGACUCACGGCCCCUGUCGCCUCAUGUCUUAUACUCUUCCCUGCAGCAGCGACUGCCAGACCUCGCACCAGAAGACAUCGAAUCCAUCCUGGAGAAUAUCCAAACUCGCCGUGUCUAUGACUUCGACGAACUGCUCGAGGCUGUAUCUCAGAUAUCAGAUAUCCUAUUUGAACUCCAGCAACGGCAAAAAACGCACCCUGAAAAGAAAGAAAAGGGGCACAGCUACUCCGCACCGGUCCUCCUCCUUAUCGAAGGUAUAGACCAAUCACUCGAAGAGAUCAUUCGCAGAUCCAACCCCGUAGCCGGCCACGCCCGCCUCAUCCCAUUACUACGGACGCUGACUGUUCUCUCACGAACCUACGCUUCUUUCCUAUCUGUUAUCAUUGUUAAUUCUAUCGCGUUGCCACAUAUUCGCUCAGCAGCCUCCUCAGCCCAAACGGCCACUCUUACUCCAGCACCACACGACACAGAUGCUGGCCAGCAACCACCUCGCCAGCCAGCAAGUGGUCAGCUGCAACAACAGCGACAAUAUUCCCCAGAGGUCGCUGUGCGUUCUAUUUUUGCCAACAUCCCGAGGGGUGUGGGCCGUCUCUCGAAAGCGUCACCAACCCCUUACUACUUCUCUGUUCUAGCACGCUCGCUCGACCAAGGCUGUGAUGUGCAUCUCCUAGUUUCCCAAAUCCAGGAGAAAAUGGUUAUCGAGGUGGCGAAGCAUAGGGUUGGGGCCGAAGUUGGACGGUGGUGUGAUUUAUGAAGAUCUGGACUGGAAAAGAAAUAAAGACAUGUGUCGACACUUUUAUGAGAAAAUUAAUACAUGAACCCCCCUCUUAUGACAAAACCAAGAAAAGAACUAUUAUUAAGGGCGCGAUUUUGUACCUUGUGGGUAAAAGGCCGCUAAGAUAUAUCUCUGCAUCCACCAGGUGGAGUAGUUAGCUAAGAUCGCGUCAGAAAUAGUUACAGUUCUAUCGAGAACUGCAUGACCCUUUACCUUCCAACCAGCGCAACAGCUAUAGUAUAUAUAACACUAUUGAAUAUACUGCUCAUAUAUAUAAAAGCUGGUUUAUAAAAAAUUCUUCAUAUACUUAAUCUAUUUUUCUUAUGUGAUUGUUGUUAUAUUUGAUUAUAAACAUACAAAAUGAUGGGAAGAUGGCUGACUCAGUUAUUAUAACUAGAUUACAUUCCUCCGUGCCUAAAAACUAUUUAUAUCCGCAAAUCCUACCUUUUCCGUACCCUGCUAGGAGGUUCACGGAUGGAGCAUCAAUGUGUCUAUCAUGGGGGCUGAAGCGGCCAUGGAGAGUUAUAGGCAUUAUUCUAUCAUCCCCCCCC